GCAGGCCGAGUCGCGGCUCGGGCUCCAGCAUGGCGACGGCGGUGCGCGCUGCGGGCUGCCUCCCUGCGCUAUGCACCCGGACGGCGGACCCGCUGUGUGACCUUGCCCGCGUCCUCUCCUUCUCUGGGUCGCGGAGCUCUUGUCUGUAAAAUGAGGGGGAACUGGACGUCGUUCUCCAGGGUUCUUUCCUUCGCGAAACCGCUUGAUCGUGCUUGGCGAAGAGGAGCGGGAACUGGCCAGUAUCGCCUUUGGGGUCAUUUAUUGGGGAGACAGCUUUCCCUAAGCACCUUACCAACAGCUUCCGUUUUGGCAUGGAAGACUGCUCUCAGCAACGGCCCUUUGUCAUCACUGGGAACCAGAGACACCCAUCCUUACGCCAGCUUGAGCCGUGCGCUGCAGACACAAUGCCGUGUUUCUUCUUCCAGUCACCUGAUGGGCCAGCAGUAUAGACCAUAUAGUUUCUUCACUAAAUUGACUGCAGGUGAGCUGUGGAAAGGUGCUUUAGCAGAGACUGGUGCUGGAACAAGAAAAGGAAGAGGCAAAAGAACUAAAAAGAAGAAAAGAAAGGAUUUGAACAGGGGUCAGAUCAUUGGUGAAGGGCAUUGUGGUUUUCUGUGGCCUGGUCUGAAUGUUCCUCUUAUGAAAAAUGGAGCAGUGCAGACCAUUUCCCAAAGAAGCAAGGAAGAACAGAAGAAGGUGGAGGCAGACAUGAUCCAGCAGAGGGAAGAGUGGGACCGAAGGAGGAAGAUGAAGGUUAAACGGGAGCGAGGAUGGAGUGGAAGGUCAUGGGGAGGCAUCAGUCUUGGACCCCCUGACCCUGGUCCUAAUGGAGAAACAUACGAGGAUUUUGAUACCAGAAUACUUGAGGUAAGAAAUGUUUUCAGUAUGACAGCGAAAGAGGGAAGAAAGAAAUCAAUCCGUGUCCUGGUGGCUGUGGGGAACGGAAGAGGAGCUGCAGGUUUUGCUCUUGGGAAAGCUGCUGACCGGUUGGAUGCUUUCAGGAAAGCAAAGAACAGAGCAGUUCACUAUUUGCAUUAUAUAGAACGAUAUGAAGACCAUACAAUAUUCCAUGAUAUUUCAUUAAGAUAUAGAAGGACACAUAUCAAGAUGAAGAAACAACCCAAAGGUUAUGGCCUCCGCUGCCACAGGGCCAUCAUUACCAUCUGCCGGCUCAUUGGCAUCAAAGACAUGUAUGCCAAGGUCUCUGGGUCCCUCAAUAUGCUCAACCUCACCCGGGGCCUCUUCCGUGGGCUCUCCAGACAGGAAACCCAUCAACAGCUGGCUGAUAAGAAGGGCCUCCAUGUUGUGGAAAUCCGGGAAGAAUGUGGUCCUCUGCCCAUUGUGGUUGCCUCCCCCCGGGGGGCAUUGAGUAAGGAUCCGGAGCCAGAAGAUGAAGUUCCAGACAUCAAACUGGACUGGCAAGACGUGAAGACUGCGCAGGGAAUGAAAGGCUCUGUGUGGUCUAAUUUAAAGAGAGGUGCCACGUAACCUUUCUGGCCUUGUGCAGCCAGUGCCUGUGCUGCCCUGCACCUAGGAGAGACUCAGCCCCUCACAGCUUGGGGUGUUGCCUUGUUUUUUGUUUGUUUUGAGGAAAGUUUAAUCUUCAAACUGUUGAGAAAUAAAUAAUUAUAGCUUUCGUUUAUUGAGCACAUGGUACAUGCCAGUGUGAUAGGAUCUUUACAUGUAUAUCUCAGUUCAAGACUAUUUUAAAUAUUCAUCCAAAGUAGCAAAAGUAAAUGAGUUAGGGAGACAGGGCUAAUAAUCUGACCCAAUCAGUAAUAUGCACAAUAAUGAUUGCUAUAAUAAUUAUAGCUAAUACAUAUAUUAACUCAUUAGUCCAAAGUUAAUGUGGUUAACUUCAUUUUACAGAGCAGUUAAGUAACUUGACUACCUUGAACUGCCAAACUGUUUUCCACAGUGGAAAUGGAAGCCUGUAGGCUACUGUUGGGAAUUUUAAAUGGUGUAUUAAUUGUACACCAUUAUAAUUUUGACUUGUGUUUCCCUGAUGGCUGAUGAUGUUGAACAUUUUUUCAUGUGCUUAUUGGCCAUUUGUAUGCGCUUUUUGGAGAAAUGUCUAUUCAGAGCCUUCGCCCAUUUAAAAAGUUAUUUUUUGUUAUUAUUGAGUUCCUUAUAGUUUCUAGAUAUAAGCCCCCUAUGAGAUACAUGCUUUACAAAAGUUUUUACCCAUUCUGGGAAACAUAUAUAUAUAACUAUAUAUAUAAACAUAUAUAUGUGUGUGCGUGUAUAUAUAUAUGUAUAUGUAUGUAUAUAUUUUAUUUCUUUGGAUAGUUUUUCUGCCCCACUUGCAUCCUCUUUCUGGGACAGUUAUGACACAAAUGUUAAACCUUUAAUUAUUGUCCUGUGAGUCCCUGAAGCUCUGUUUAUUUUUUUCUAAAUGUUAAAUCUUUUAUUAUCAUCUAGUGAGUCCCGGAGACUCUGUUUUAUUAUUUUUUUUCUGGUCUGUUUUUUCUCCGUUGCUCAGUUUAGGUAAUUUCUGUUGUUUUAUCUUCAGGAUAACUGGUUAUUUUCUCUUUCCUUUCCAUUCUGCUCGUGAACCAUCCAUGCAGUACUUUAACUGUGGCUAUCAUCAUAUAUUUUAAUUAAAAUUUCCAUUUGAUUUCUUUU